GGCUUUCUUCCAUUCUACCGGCACCGGCGUAGCUGCGGCAGUCGAGAACGACUGCCUUGUAAAAGAUAUGGAAGUUGAAAUCGACCAUUAUGAGAUUCUGGGGUUACCAUCAGGGGAAGAGGGUGCAAAACUCACUGAAAAAGAAAUAUCAAAAGCUUACAAAUUUAAAGCCCUUGAAUUGCACCCAGACAAACGUCCAAAUGACCCUAAUGCUCACACCGAGUUUCAAAAGCUCAAGACGUCCUAUGAGAUUCUUAAAGAUGAAAAAGCUCGGAAGUUGUUUGAUGAUCUUCUCCAGAUAAGACGUGACCAACGUCUACGCCAGUCACAAUAUGAUGCGAAACGUCGCAAGCUAAUGUCCGAUCUUGAGGAGCGAGAGCGAGCUGCUUUUGCUCCAGACCCUGCUGCAAAAGCCCGGGAAGAGGAAGAGAGAAUAGCAAAGAAACUUAAAGAAGAAAUUGCCCGACUUCGUGCUAUGCAUGCUAAGAACGCAGCUUCAGCAACGACCUCGAAGGUUGGAACAGCUGGAAUGGGCGGAGAGAAUAUUGGGGCCAUGGAAAGUUUGAACAAAGAGAAGGUCUUGAAAGUUUCUUGGGAGAGUGGAAGUGAUGAUUAUAGUGCUCAAAGGUUGAAGGAAUUGUUUGGAAAAUUUGGAGACGUUGAAGAUGUUGUAAUUCGAUCAAAGGGAACAAAGAAAAGAAAGUCUGCACUGGUUGUUAUGGCGUCUAAAGAUGCUGCAUUUGCUGCUCUUGGAAAUGUGUUUGGAGAUCUUUCAAAUCCUCUUUUGGUUCUUCCUCUUCAUCCAAGUGCAACUACUGAAUUUUCCACUGCCUCUCCUGCUAAGACUCAUACGGAGCCAGAUGGUCCAAAGUUGAACAAUCUUGUUGGUGCUGGUUAUCAGGCAUAUGAGAAUUCCAUAUUAGAGAAGCUUCAAAAGAAGGCUGCACAAAAGCGAAAGUGAUCUGCAAAAGCUUUAAAAAGAGGAUUCUGAAUGGUGGACAUGGUUCCUGAUCUCUGCCUUAUUCAAAUUUGAAAGAAGGUAUAAUUGGACUAUUUGUGGGGGUUUUAUUGCUUUUUUUUUUUUUAUUGGAGGUCUAAUUGUUCCAAGUGUAAUGCUUAAUUCUUCAAUUUUGUAAAUUGUUAUGUACCAUGACAGAGUCCCCUCCCCCCCAUUUGUGUAAAUGUUGUCGAAUGGCAUGACUCAUUUUGUUUCUGUGCUGGUCAACAUUCAUAAGUACGAGUACCAAAAACAAAAAUUGCAAAAAUUUAUUUUGAUCAU